AUGGCAAUUCUAUCCGUUUUUAACGAUCUCGACGAGCCUUUCACGGGGUUGCACUUCGGGAAGUGGAACAUCGUGGGAGCUUUGGCGGUCUCCGUAUCACUAUACAUCGUUUAUACUGUCUAUCGUCAUCGCAAAUGGCCCGCCUACACGCUUCCUGGCCCUCCACUUCGGAGUUUUCUCUACGGGAGCAUACCCGCUCCCGUACCGUCCGACGUUGCAUCGCUCUAUCUACAUCAGGGGUGGUUCAAGAAGUACGGUCCAACCUUCCGGUUUUGGAACAGGCUUGCCAGACCCACGAUUAUGACUGUCGACCCUACGGCAUUGCGUCAUAUGAUGAGCAGCCCUGUAUAUGAGAAAGGAAAGCUAUUGAAACAUUUUCUCGGUGACAUUAUCGGAGAAGGACUUCUCUUCGUCGAAGGUGCGGAGCACAAGAAACAGCGUCGGGUCAUGAAUCCUGCCUUUGGACCCUUGCAAGUCAAGAGAUUCACAGAGACAUUCCUACGUAAAUCGCACGAGAUGAGGGACCUCUGGCUUGAUCUUUGUGCGCGCAACACGACGCGUAAUGACGGCUACCUCAGAAUCGACGCCUUCGCGUGGUUGAAUAAGGUCACACUGGAUAUCAUUGGGCUUGCUGGGUUCGACUACGACAUAGACUCUUUACACGCGCCUGAAGACCACCCCAACGAGCUCAAUGAGGCUGUGCGGACUAUCUUCUCAUUCGACUUUAACCUCGGCGUCUUAGCACAGUUUAUGAUCCCCGGCCUUCGUCACAUCCCCACGAAGCGCGUCCGCGAGCAAUCUAAGGCUCAAGCGCUCAUAGAAUCCAUUGGGAUGCGUCUUAUCCAAUCCAAGAAACAGGCCAUCAUCCGCGAGACGUUCCUCUCGCCCACCGAGGUCGAGAAGAAGGAUAUCCAGGGGUCUGACUUGUUGAGUUUAUUGUUAAGGGCUAACAUGGCCAGUGAUCUUCCCGAGAGCGCGAGGAUGAGCGAUACAGACAUCGUUUCCCAAGUGCCAACGUUCUUGAUUGCCGGGCAUGAAACAACGAGCACGGCCGUGACAUGGGGCCUCUACGCCAUGGCCUGUGAUAGCCGCGUUCAACAGACGCUCCGCGCCGAACUGCUUUCUAUGCCGACGGACACGCCAACUGACGCCGAGUUGAACGCUCUGCCCUACCUCGAUGCCGUUAUACGCGAGAUCCUGCGUGUAUACUCCCCCGUUUAUCUCACGGAUCGGUGCGCGACGAAGGACGACAUCGUUCCGCUUAAGACGCCGAUUAUCGGGACAGACGGGAAGAUCAUGUCUGAGAUACAUUUGUCCAAGGGAGACAUGGUUAUGUUUCCCAUUCAGGUCCUCAAUCGGAUGGAAGAGUACUGGGGCGACGAUGCCCAGCAAUUCCGGCCCGAGCGUUGGUCUCAGCUCCCCGACACUGUCAAGGAUCUGCCCGGAGUGUUCUCCAACAUGCUCACCUUCUUCGCCGGCACACACGCCUGUAUCGGCUAUCGCUUCUCCAUUGCUGAGAUGAAAGCACUCCUGUUUACCAUCGUGCGCUCCUUUGAAUUUGAGCUUGCCGUUGCGCCGAUGGAUAUCAUGCGCAAGACAAUGAUCGUCGGACGACCGAGUCUAACGACAGAUCCUGCAGCUGGUAAUCAGCUUCCUCUAUUGAUCCGACCUGUCAGUGCAUGA